AGAAAAGUUACAAGAGAGACGACAGGAAGACUCAGAAAGGAGAGAGGGAGAGAGAGAGGAGGGGGACGCAUCGUGAGAGAAGAAGAAGAAGGGGAGAAACCCAUUCCAGCUGUGUUUCUCUAUCAAAUAGAGCCGUGAGAACUUCUCCACGUUGAAGGAUUUUCCGAGGGAUCAAACAUUCACUUCUGACAUUCUUCUGUCAGCAUCAGCUGUUUAUUGUCACAGUUGUACAUGUUGAGAUAUCACCCAGAGUUUAUUGGAUAAAGACGUAUUUGUUUUUGGGUCCAUUUGAAGACAAACAUGAGCGCAGGCAACUCGACUCUGCUGGACAGCUUGUUCUUUCCGCCUCUCUGCGACGGCUGGACCAACAACACAGAGGGAGCCAUCUACCAUUUGGGCAACACCAUGCUGAUCCUGGGCUACAUGGGAGGCAGCGGCGCCUACGGGUGCCUCUUCAUCUUCGGCUUCCUGGUUCCCGCCCACACCUGCCUGACCCUGUGGGGCUGGAUGACCGUGUGCGGCCUGGACGUCUUCACCUGGAACCUGCUCAUGGUGCUGGCCUGCCUGGCCCAGAUCUGCCACCUGGUCUGCCGGCUGCUCCAGGAGGGCGUACGCGGCGAGGAGCUGACCUCCCUCUACCAGGCGGUGUACCUGCCGCUGGGCGUGCCCGUCCAGGUGUUCAAGGAGAUCGCAGGCGCCUUCCAGAACAAGGUGGUGGAGCUGAAGGCGGGAGAGACGUACGCUGUGGAGGGCAAGACGGCCAUCGACAAGCUCUCCUUUCUGCUGUCUGGGAGGAUCAAUGUAUCUUUGGAGGGGCAGUUUCUGCAUUACAUCCACCGCCACCAGUUCCUCGACUCUCCAGAGUGGGAGUCUCUCAGACCAAACGAGGAGGGAAAGUUCCAGGUGACCAUGACAGCAGAGGAAGACUGCCGCUACAUCUCGUGGCGUCGCCGGCGCCUGUAUUUGGCGAUUUCGAAGGACCGCUACAUCGCCCGCGUCUUCUCCGUCAUGCUGGGCUACGACAUCGCCGAGAAGCUCUACAACCUCAACAACAAGCUCUACAUCAAGAACGGCGUGCUGUUGGACAUUCGCCUGCCCAGCCUCUACCACGUGCUGGCACCCUCCUCGCAGGGCAGCGGCAGCGGAAGUGACGGAGGCCUCGGCAAGGAGCACCUGCAGGGCGAAGACUCGGCGCCGGCCUACCAGAUGUCCGAUCAGGCCCAGUUUCAGCCCCACUUGCAGGGACCGAGGACCCCCUUCUUGGAGGAACCCCAGGACCCCCAGCAUGAGCGCUAUCAGCACCCUUGGGCAUCAGACCCCGAUCUGCCCACCGGAAGUGAUGGUGACGGGGAUCGACCACCUCGGUUCCAGCGGGGCAGAGCGCCUCUGGCUCCCACCGACACUCCCAAACUGUGAGAGCAGUCCAUCAUCUGCAGUGAAGCAGUACCAAUGUGUCACGUGACACGUGACGCCGUCUCCUCCUCGCUCUUCGUCCCUGUUCUCACCUCACUUCACAUCAUCAGUCCCGAGCAUGAAGAAGGACUUUUAGUCUGAUGUCAAAUUAUUUUCUCGUCGAGAUGUAAAGUCUCUCAGAACACCGUGAAGCUCUGAAGUCUGCCUUAAAAUCACAACGACAGCGGGACCCAACACUUUUAUUCAAUUAAAUGUGAAACAUCUAGAUAUUUUUAGUGAUCAUGGCAUUUAUAAAAUAUCUAUAAUUGAACUCAAUAAAAAGCUUUGUAUUGUGUUUCUGUAGCUGCUAUCAGAGACAAACAUCUCUCCGAUCAAAGAUGGACACUCGCAGAUAAUCUGCUUAAUAAAUUAAAUAAAGUCUGAAUUAAAUCCCACUGAGGACAUGAGACGACCUGGCAUAUUAUUUUAUGUAAUAAAAAUGGAUUCAGUGAUGUUAAAACAGAGGAAUUUUCGUUUUCAUCUCAUUUGAUGUUAAAACAAAUAUUGUUUGAUUUUGUUUUCCACAUAUAAGAGUAUUGAUUUAACUCAGUAAAGUACGACACAUUUUAGGGAUCUGACUGAUAGAACCACGGAAAAUAUUUAGUUUUGCAAACUUCUCGAGAUAUUUCCAGACACGUGAACAGUUUUGAUUUUCUCUUUCACUUUCAUAUUUAUUUUAUUUAUCUGAAUGCACCGUGACUCGAUGCCAUCUGGAGCUCAACCUCUGACUUCAUCUUUGUCGAUAUAGUCGAUGCCUGUAGACCUUGUUUUUUAAAAAUGUUUGUAACUAAUUGAGUAUUUCAUACACAUGUAAACUGUGAAUUGCAUUAUUUGUCCUGUUAUUGACUUGCAAAAUACAGAGAAGGGACUAAAGUGAAGAGGUUUUUAAGAAGUAUUUUCAUGGGGCCAAGAUUUCUCCAUAAAGCUCUUUGUGUGCAGUGAACAUGUGGUUUGUUUUCUGUGACUCUUCAGACCUCUCAGAGUUUAUAGAACCAAGAUGUAUCUCCUCUUCACCUCAUAUUUGAUCGCAGAAUAAUCUGCAAAAUAUUGUUCCAGUGAUUGUUAUUAAAUUAGAUAGAAACUUUCA